AUGGCGUUCACUCUAACCAAGCUUGUGACCUCGUUCCAGUCAGUUUUUCAGAGCCAUUCAGGAGCAAUCAGAAACACAACUAUAACUCUGAUAGUUUUUGGAAUUAACGCCGUUGUUCAAAGCGAGGAUUUUUUUCAAUGUCCGCCAGAUGGUUUUGCUUUGUAUGCAAGCUGUUUCUUCAUCAUUCCAGCUUUGUUUUUAUUUCUCGUGACAAUAUUUCUUCAUAGCGGAUUCUGGGAUCUUGUGCGUGGAUGUUGCUUUUACGAACAGCAGCAAAGAAGAGGAUUAAAGCGUUACUGUUGCUGCUUCUUCCCUCGCUGGCCAUGCAGCAGAAAGCUCGUGGAAAUCAUAUUUCAGAGUUCCUUGUCCGGCUUCAUUUGGAUUUUCUGGGCAUUGUUACAACGAGACUAUUUUGUAUGUGCAGCUCUCGGAGGAACGAAAGAAGCAAAAUUGCUUACGGCUUCACCUCAGGAGAAAUUAAAAAUCGAAGCAGAUUACGCAAAUGCGGGGAAAAAUUCGCAAACAGCCGCUUUAUUGCUCCUCGGUUGUACUCUGCUAGGGGGUUUCCUUGUUAUUUCUAUCCAAAGAUGCUGUUUCCAGCGAGAAAUCGGCUCAUUGCCAAGUCCUUUCACCUAUAAAAUACUCGAAGCAGAAGCGGCAGUUGAAGCAUUUAAAGAAAACAUGGAAAAGCUGGCACGAGAACAAGGAAAGAGACGGGCAGAUCUGUAUUUUACCACAGUACAACAAAAUCCUUCCGACAUACUUAGAAACGCCUAUCAGCAUUUGGUCGCCAUAAAUAAAUUCGACGAAGCGUUUCCAUCUUUGGAGGAUUAUCAACAUCUUCAAGCGCAGGCAGCUGUUACUGCUUUUAAGGAAAAAGUUCAACAAGAAGGCAAACAAAAAGUCGACAUGACUUUUGUUGAUACAACCUGGCACGAAUUUGAAGGAAAUGAUGUGUUCUCGCUGGUUGGUCAAGCGCACGAAGCUAUGGCGGAAAGAUAUCCUCGAUCAACAGGCGACAGGACACAACCAUACGUAAAGGAGAGGGAUGAUUCGGACGGCCUCAGGGGAAUCGUGUCUCGAGGAGGAAGAGGAAACGAUGUUGAAAUGUUUCCAAGAGCUUAA